AUGCUGGGACAUCCACCAAGAGAAUUAGCCUUAGUUCAAGUAUAUGAGAAACAAACCCCAAAUAGUCGGAAUCCAUUUUCUAUAAAAGACAUCAUAGGCGAUGGCUUAUUGUUGGCAGUCCCAAAGUUUAGAAGGACUAUAGAAAAGAGGUUAAAAAGGAAAUUUGGGUCUCCUGAAUAUGUGUGGAAAAUGCUUGUACCGAAAAACAAUAUCAAAGUGUGCAAUGAUUGUGGCCACUAUCAUGAGCGGGGACGUCUUUGUGCAAACUGCUAUAAAAGAGUAGAAAAUGAAACAAAGGAAAUUCAAGCUAAGAUACAGGAAAAAUUAGGUAAUAACCCCAUUGAGCAGGAUGUUAUUGUGCUGUAUGAAGGUGAAAAUGUCACUAAAACGCCAAAUGAAUUUUGGGAAGGAAAAAGAAUAAUUGAAAUGAAAAAAGAAAGACCACAAUGGUUCAGUAAAAAUUUACUUCAGAAGUCAACGCAGCAGCCCUCUAAUUCCACAGAUGUUAAACCAACAGAUCUGGCU